AUGGAGAUAAAGACAAUGGGUUCUCAUGGUGAAGCUAGGAGUAAUGGCAAUCAGUCUCAUUUCCAGCCAUUGGGACGGCAGAACUCAUUGUACAACCUCACUUUGGAUGAGGUCCAAAACCAGUUGGGUGACCUAGGGAAGCCCUUGAGUAGCAUGAAUCUGGAUGAACUUCUAAAAAAUGUGUGGACUGCUGAGGCCAACCAGUCUACGGGUACAGAGACCGAAGGCACACAGUUGUCCAGUCAAACUUCCCUGCAGCGGCAAGCAAGCUUGUCACUAACUGGUGCUUUGAGCAAGAAGACAGUUGAUGAGGUUUGGAGAGAUAUUCAGCAAAGCAAGAGCAAUGGAGAAAGGAAGUCCAAGGAUAGACAACCCACUUUGGGAGAGGUGACAUUGGAGGAUUUUCUGGCCAAAGCAGGGAUUGUAGCUGAAACACCUUCGGAUAAUAAUCGAGAGGUUGCUGUUGCUGACCCAAAUGUAGCGCCGCAGUUCCCCCAACAGGGUCAAUGGUUGCCGUAUCAGCAUGCACAGUUCCAACAUCCUCAACCAAAUAUGAUGGGGAUGUUCAUGCCAGGUCAGCCUGUACCCCAGCCGCUUCACAUGGGGGCUGGUUCUGUGAUGGAUGUUGCGUAUCCAGAGAAUCCAGUUCCAAUACCUCCGCCGCCUCUAAUGGGAACACUGUCAGAUUCACAAAUGCCCGCGAGGAAAAGAGGUGCACCAGAUGAAGUUGUUGAGAAGCAUGUUGAAAGGAGACAGAAGAGAAUGAUAAAAAAUCGCGAAUCCGCUGCCCGUUCAAGAGCCCGGAAACAGGCCUACACAAAUGAACUAGAGAAUAAAGUGUCUCGCCUAGAAGAGGAAAACGAAAGACUGAGGAAACUAAAGGAGCUGGAGAAGAUGUUGCCAAGUGCACCGACACCUGAGCCGAGGUAUCAGCUGCGGAGAACAUCGUCAUCCCCACUCUAA